UAAUACCAACGGAAGACACUGUAUCGGAAAAAAUUGAAGUGAAUCAGACAGCGGUUGAUGUCAAAAUAUCACCUACAGCACUUUCACCGCAAACUCGAAAGAGAAUUGUUAACAUAAUGACUGGAGAAACAUGCGUGAUUGAAAAUAAAGAUAUUGCUUAUAUUUGGGACUUUGCUGGCCAGCAGCUAUAUUAUAUUACACAUCGAAUUUUCCUAACAAGCAAGGCAGUAUAUCUGAUUGUGUUCAAUUUGAUGGAAAAGAUGCAUGCCAAAGGGAAAUGUAGUGACUCUCCGAAGGCAGGAGAUGUGAUGACAUGUAAUAUGACAAAUAUAGAGAUUAUCAUAUACUGGAUGAGGUUGAUAUAUACGUAUGCUGUCCCAGUAGACUCAGAAGAGAGUAAGGAAGUCAAAAAGCCUCAAAUUGUACUAGUAGGUACUCACAGUGAGAGCCUAUCACAAAAGGAGAUUGAAGAACAGUUUGGAAUAAUUUUCGAAAGAAUUAAAGGUACUCCGUAUGAAAGUCAUGUGAAGCGAACAAUUUACGCCAUCGACAACAAGUUUGCAUCACAAAGCGAGGUGGUGGAUGAACUUAAACGUGUUGUUGAUGGAUUUCUUACAACGAUGCAUGAGACGAUCCCGCUCAGGUGGCUGAAAUUUCAACAAAUAUUGCAGGAGAUUGGUAGGACAACUAUGUGCAAGACUUACGAUGAAGUCUGUAAAGUUGCACAUGAAUGCGAAAUUUACAAAAAGGACAGCAUCCGCACCCUCCUAAACUACUUACACGAUCUUGGUAUCAUUCUGUUCUUUGAGAACCACAAACUUCUAAAGCAUACAGUAAUAACAAACCCACGGAAGUUGAUCGACUUCUUGAGAAAAAUCAUCACAGUGGUAAAACCUGUUGACAAGUGGGCUACAAUGAUGCCACUUUGGAAUAAACUUGAUAAUAAAGGUAUACUGGAGGAGAAGUUAGCCGAACAUCUUUGGUGGGAAGAGCUCAGAAUAGACUUCGAGGUCUUCUUGGAGUUGAUGAAGCAGUUUGGACUGCUGAAUCCUGGAGGAAGUGUUAGAAAUGAGAUUAGCAAAGAUGAAACUUGCUUUGAGGACGUUUUGGAACUAAGGAAGCAGUUUGGACUGCUGUGCGAGAGGAUCUGGAAUCUGGAGAGUACACAUCGGUCAUUUUUUGUACCCUGUCGACUGAAACAUAGCGCAGACAAUAUGGCUAUUAAGUCAGACUCAGAUCAGAUGGUAUCCCUCUAUAUGGUCUCCGAGGAUUUCAUCCCUGAUAGUAUCUUCCAUCCUCUAGUUGUCAGCUUGAUUAGAAUGGUACAAGACAUGGGCUACAUGGCUGAAUUAGAGUUAUUUAGCAACUAUGCAAACAUCCGGCUAGGACGUGAUCACACUCUCAGCUUGGGACCGGUAGUCAUUGAUAACAAACCCUCAUUGAAGGUUGGACUAUUGCAACAGCAUUCUAUAUGGCCUUCCUGA